UUAAUUUCCAUUCGACGGAGGUUUACUUUAAUUAUAAGAUAUCUAACAACACACGAUCUGCAGUCAUAGUGUUUUAUAAAGUAAUAUUUUUUCUAUAAAUUAUUUUAAAAUGAAUAAAACAGUGACUUUGUUUAUGUUAAGUGCGUUAUUAUGUAUUAUGAAUUUGGAUAGUGCGAGAGGAAGUGACGGUAGUGACGAUUAUGGUGAUUAUUCACAAACUGAUCCUACUGAUGAUAUAGUUGAUGAUGAUCCUGUUGCUGUAUGUAAACUCGGCGAGCUACGUUACGAUACCAAAUCAGAGUCAGCAAAUGAAACUCAAAAAUACGAGGAAGGUGAUGAGAUCGUAUUGAAAUGUCCUGUAUGCGGCACAGGAUUCCGUGUACCAAAGGUUAACUGGCUAAAAAAUAAUUUACCUCCCAGUAAAUGGAUCACAACCAAUGGUCAUGAAUUCAUAGACAGUGAAUACAAACUGAAAAUCAAGAAAUGUGAGCAAAAUGAUACCGGAAAUUACACUUGUACAGUAGAUGACUUGAAUGGCAAUGUUUUCUCCCACUUAUAUGAAGUUGAAGUAAAAAAGAGACUUCUACCAUCACAAUUCAUCACAGAAUUGCCAAGCAAUGCGACAGUGAAAAUAGGUGAUUCAUUCAGUUUUAAAUGCCCAGUUGCUGAUUCUUCUCUAACUGUCCAUUGGUACCACAACAUGAAUUCGUCACAUCAGGAAACACCUCUGAAUGCUUCAGAGGGAGUAAAACCCGAAGAACUAAAAUUCUCCAAUGUCACUUUUGACGAUGCGGGUAGGUAUGCAUGCCUCGUUGAAGAUGGUCGUGGUAAAUCCGCGAAAGCGAUUGUUUAUCUAAAUGUCACCGAUGCCUCCUGGUAUUCUGAGCAAUGGUUUUAUUGGAUGCUUGUAUCAAUAUUGGGUGUGGUUUUGGUAGUGAGUGCUGUAAUAUUUUCGUAUCAAAAAUCGAAGAACGCAAGAAAAUUCACCCCAGGAAACGAGAUGACUGAAACAACAACACAAUCUAGGCGUAAAUAAGAAACUUUUCGAAUAUGGGUAGGCAACUUCCGAAAUUGAAAAUGUGAUCGAUGAAUCUAUUAAUGAUGAUAAAAUAAAUGCGACAUUAAUUACAUUCUAA